UGGCGCGAACCCUGAUCAGUCGAGUCGCGGCAGCCGUACCUGUCACAGCAAAAUAUGUAAUAUAUCGUAUCGCGAAAAACGAAAAUCCGGUUGUUCUUAGAAUGUCACACGACAAUUACGGAUUUACAUCGAGCACGGAUGCUCUGGAUGAUAAGAGAUGGACGUCACCCAAAAACAACAAAAAUGGUUACGAUCCAGGGCAACGCAAGCCGAGCAUUUACGUGCUGGAAUUGGAGGAGAAGAAGAAGAGCGUGCAGGCGAACGAGGAAGACUACAACCCGUAUGAACACAGGGUGGUCGCGCAUCCAACCACGAGCAUGGAAACGUUGUUGCAUCUACUGAAAGGUAGUUUAGGAACGGGAAUCCUCGCGAUGCCACGGGCCUUCCACCAUUCCGGUUACGGCGUCGGUCUAGUCGCGACGAUAAUCAUCGGCCUAUUCUGUACUUACUGCAUCCGGAUAUUGGUCAGCUCUGAAUACGAGCUAUGCAAAAGGAAGAAGGUGCCCUCGUUAACGUACCCAGCGACGGCGGAAGCUGCGCUCGCCGAAGGUCCGAUGCCUCUCAGGCGACUGGCGAAGUCAUCAGUUCAUAUCAUCAAUCUGUUCCUCAUGGUGUACCAAUUGGGAACUUGCUGCGUCUAUACCGUGUUCAUCGCCACGAAUUUACAAUUGGCGUUGAAGUCCUACAUUUCAGACAUAGACGUCAGGUUGUACAUGCUGGCGAUCUUGCUGCCCCUGAUCUUGGUCAAUUGGAUCAGGAGCUUAAAGCUCUUGGCGCCGCUGUCGACGAUCGCUAAUUUCAUCACUCUCGCAAGUUUCGGUAUAAUAUUGUACUAUAUAUUUAGGGAGCCGUUGUCGUUUGAGGAUCGCGAGGUGAUCGGGAAAGUGGAGAACUUCCCGCUCUAUUUUGGCACCGUGUUGUUCGCCCUCGAGGCUAUAGGUGUGAUCAUGCCAUUGGAGAAUGAGAUGAAGAAGCCGAAAGCGUUCGUGAGGACGUUCGGUGUACUGAACAUAGGAAUGGGCACCAUAGUUCUCCUGUACGCCGCGAUAGGUUUCUUCGGUUACAUUCGUUACGGCAGCGCUAUCGAAGGUAGCAUCACGUUCAGCCUCGAUGAGCCAGUGAUCCUUGCGCGGAGCGUGCAGAUCCUGUUGGCCAUCGCGAUCUUCUUCACCCACCCGAUCCAGUGCUACGUGGCGAUCGACAUCGUCUGGAACGAGUACUUGAGUCCGCAUCUUGAGAAAAACUCGCACAGGCUGCUCUGGGAGUACGUCGUGAGGACCUCUCUCGUUCUUCUCACCUUCCUGUUGGCCGUAGCAAUUCCUCAGUUGGACUUGUUCAUCUCCCUGUUCGGUGCUCUCUGCCUUUCCGGCCUCGGUUUGGCGUUCCCAGCAAUAAUUCAAAUCUGCACGUUCUGGACCGUGUGCGACAACACGGAGAAGUACAUAAUGCUGGCGAAGAACAUGUCGCUGAUCCUGUUCGGCCUGCUAGGGCUCAUCGUAGGAACUUACACGAGUCUUCGUGACAUCAUCAAGACAUUCUCUUGAACCACCCUGAAAGCUUGACGAGAAAAUCAUAGCGAGACAGGGAGACCGGCGGGACCGAUGAAGGGAGGAAUUGUUCACAAAAUGGAAAGGGAAGCUUGACAAUUGUGAUACAUUUAGGGAAGUUUUACGGUAUUUCACGGGUUUGGAAAUCUGUCUGGACCGAAGAUCUAUGCAUCAUCGAAGACGUAAUAUUAUCUUGUUAACCAGACACUAAGUGUGCCUUGAUCGCGUAGUUAGUGUAUGCUGUUCGAGGCCUGAACGCAGAACGCGGCCCGAAUCUGAUGAGCAAUGCUUUUUGAUGCGAUUCGACUCUUUUCGCCUGACGAGGAACUAUUUUUUUUUUAUUGUUUGUCGCGGUUGGUUUUUAAAAAACUAAAACUGCGCGACGAAUUUCAUCGCGGAACACGACGUGAUAUACAUAUACAUAUAUAUAGAUUUUAUUAAUUAAGAUCGGUCAUUAGUGUAAAUCGUUUAUUUAUGCCAGACUGACAUACGGAAAUUGAUCUUUGAAACGAUCAACGCGAUAUUGCGAUCGAGUCCCAAUUUACGCGUACUCGUUCAUGUUAAGUGAUGUACCUACUUUAAGAAUUGGUGACUGAAAAAUGAAAUGUGUCCACACGGAAGAACAUUGAUCGCGAAACACCAUUUCAUUUUUUAAUCUCAUUUUUCGGGGUCGUAACGAUUUGCAAUUUUCGCUUUAACGGGGGAUAUCAUCCGCAUCCUCACACGCGGUUCUUUGUUGUGGACUAAGAAUUCGUCGCAAUGAAAAUUGCUUCGAGAAUUAUUGUUUGGGAGACACGAGGUUAUGAUAUUUCCACGAAAAAAUUUUAUACAGACAAAUUCAGAAUUUUUAUAAGAGAAUGAGUAACAAUCUUUUGUACGUAACGAUAGAUAAUCAAAUAACGAAUCCCGUCUGCGUCCAAGUUGAAUUAAAUUAUUUAUUUGCGUUAGACUUGAACCUAAAGCUCUUGAAAACUUUCUCCAUUCUUUUUAUAUCGAUAACGUAUUUGGUACGUCUUGCUUAUUAAGAAUCCGUUUCACAUUUUUUAUUAUCGAUACUGUACUCUAUACUAUCAGUUGUACUCAUGAAUAAAUUUGUUAUGACUAGUUGCAAAA